AACGGUCACAGGCGACCUGAAAAAUUGAUAACGUAUUUUAGCUUGUUUACGUUAAACAAAAAUAAUAAUAAAAAUACAAAAUAAAUGUUUACAAGUUGGAAAUAGUUAAAAAAAAUAUCAUAUGAAGGUUAUUUUUUGCAUCUGACCAAUUUCUUUACGCUUUAAAAGCACAUUUUAAAUAGGCGCUGUGUGAGAUGAUGACUUUGUCGAGCUAGCUAACGUUGCUAAACGUUUUAUAUUUGUUUCCCGCGUUUUAAAGAAACUCAUGAUGGGGCUGAAAGCAAUAUGUUGGGCUGUAUUAGUUUUUUCUUUGGUUAUAUGCGUCAGUUCGAGUCCGACUGACAUUUUGCCGACUGAGUGGCCGGAUGUGGAGCCUGGCUCCGGGAUGCUGCACACAGAAGCCAUCAAUCUUCUGGAUCAGCUAUGGCAGGUGGCCAACAGCAGUAAUGCCUCUGUAGUUCUAGAAGAUCAGAGAUGUGCAGCGUUGCGUGUAGGACAGUACUCCACUCUUUCCCUGCCGUUACGCCAUGUAUUUGGCCAAAGAUUUGAUGACGAGUUCAGCCUGCUCCUCCAGCUACGCAGUUCUCAGCAUGAAGACCGUAGCCUGUUUACAUUUCUUGGCCCAGAUGGUCACAUCCUCCUUCAGAUCCGCAUCAGCUCCCACUCUUUUACCUUUAUCAGCACGCAGCAGCGACAUUACGAGUUUCCGGUGGCUGUGUUGUCUGAUGGGAAUUGGCAUCGAGUGGCAGUGAGCGUGUCGACAGGCCGGUUCGCUCUGUAUGUGGACUGCUCCAUGGUAGAAAGUGUAGACUGGGCCUACAAGGAGGGUCUACAAAUCACUACUGACGGGCUUAUAAUGGUGGGAGGAAUCAUUGAGGGCUUUGAAACACCAUUUGAGGGCGAUCUGAAACAGGUGACCUUCCUAAUGGGUGAGCCGGAUGCAGCCAGAGAUCAGUGUGAAGUGUUUUCGCCACAAUGUGAUGGACCUGCUCAGAAACGCAAACGCUUCCCACACACUCAAGUUCCAGAAGAGCUUUUGCUGUCCUCAAAUGACUUGGAGGAUUUACUGGAGAAUGCUAAUCCAGAGGAACGGGACAUGAUCCGCACGGCAAUGAGUGGUUUAAGAAGACGUGGCCUCACUCGAGGAGAUGGCACACUCCCUACAGGCUCGAAGCGACCUGGCUCCAUAAGCCGUGGCGACGUGUUCGAGGUGGAUGACUACACUGACCUGAUCGAUCCCAACCCUCUGUCCAAAAACGAUGGCUUACCCCACAUGAUCCGCCCACCCCCUGUUAAAGGCAGCAAGGAGGCCAAGCCAGACUCUACCUCUAAACUUCUAGAUGAGAAUAUCACCACUGAGAAAAGCAGUCCUGACAAGGGCUUUCCUGUGGAUAAGCCUGUGGAUAACACCAUUAUUGAUCUGGAUGUUCCUUCUGUUUUAAAGAAAACUCCUGCUGGAGAAACCUUAAACAACAAGGGCUCUGACUCUAACCUGCUGAAGGAAGGAGAGGACAGAGUGACAUCAACUCCUGUUCUGCCUAGCUCGUCCUCUGACAUGAUAAAUGAAACUCACAGGAUCGUCCCAAAUGUGGUUCUCAAAGGUAGGAUGGGAUGCCUGGUCCGAGGCUCAGAUGGAAAGAUUUAUCAACUUCGUCAAGGCCCUCCGGGGCCAAGGGGGCCAUCUGGGGAGCCAGGUUGUCCUGGCAGUGUGGGCUAUCCAGGCACCAAAGGUGAAAAGGGCACAACCGGACCAGAGGGUCAUCCUGGUAGGGUUGGAAACCCAGGGCCACCGGGACCACCUGGACCCCCCAGUUUAUAUCUGUGGAGGAACACAGUAGAAGAGUGGGCUUACUUUCAGCAAACAUCAUUUUUCCAGCUGUUGUAUGCAGGUUGGCCUAGAGGGACGGGUUCACCUGGGCCACAGGGAGAAAUGGGGAAACCAGGCUCACAGGGACCACCAGGUGAACCUGGAGAAAGAGGACCAUUGGGCCCUGUGGGAGAUAUGGGUGACCCUGGUUUAAAAGGCAUGCCUGGCUUAUCGGGGAUUCCUGGAAAAGAUGGAGAAAAUGGCCUAAAAGGGCAACAGGGUCCUCCUGGAAUACCUGGCCCAAAGGGCCCUCUUGGAUAUAAAGGAGAUUUUGGCUUACGUGGUGAAAAAGGAGAUGAGGGACUUAUUGGAGCAGAGGGUCCCAGUGGAGAUUCAGGGGAACCUGGAGAGAAAGGAUAUAAAGGGCUGCCUGGGCCACGGGGUCCUACUGGCCCUCAAGGGGCACAAGGAAUUAGAGGGACUGAGGGCCUUGAGGGCCCUUCGGGGACAGAUGGGGAUGAUGGACUUGAUGGGCCCCCAGGUCCACCAGGUCCACCAGGCCCUCCAGGUUUCACAGGUUUUGUAGGUGCUCAGGGUGUAAAUGGCUCAAGGGGGGAUCCUGGGCCUGACGGAAACAGUGGUCCCCUAGGACUCCAGGGUGCUCAGGGAUUUGAGGGACAGAUUGGGCCUCAAGGGCCACGGGGCCCGCAGGGUCAACCUGGCAGAGAAGGCAUACCUGGCCCAAAAGGAGAUUCUGGUCCUACUGGGCCGACUGGGCUUCGGGGAGAGCCAGGACAUGAGGGCCCCAUGGGUGCAAUAGGAACACCGGGCUUUAAAGGAUUUAUAGGUGUUACAGGCAAGAGGGGACUUGAGGGCGACAAAGGAGAAGUUGGACCAAAGGGUGACAAAGGUACUAAAGGAGACUCAGGGAUACAGGGUUUCCAAGGUGAACAGGGACCCACUGGUUUUCCAGGUUUUCCAGGGGUCAAAGGUCAGCCUGGACCAAUUGGGAUACAGGGAAACGAUGGAGAAAUGGGACCACAAGGCAAGUCCGGAACAGAAGGGCCAAAGGGCAACAGGGGAUCAGACGGUCGUCGGGGAAAGCCAGGACCAAGGGGACCAAUGGGUCGUACAGGACAAAGAGGUCAUGCUGGAAUGCCUGGGCCUCCGGGAUUUCCAGGUCCUCAUGGAGGAGUCGGGGCUGAAGGAAAGCCUGGUACACAGGGACCCCAAGGUGCUACAGGUAACCCAGGAGAAAAGGGACUAAUGGGCUUUCAAGGAAUUGCUGGGGAACCUGGUGUGGAUGGACCAACUGGACCCCCUGGUCCACCUGGACAAGAAGGACCUAUGGGCAGUCCAGGUCCACCAGGAGUGAGGGGUUUCCCUGGAAAGCCAGGAACAGUUGGACCUCAGGGCCCUGUUGGCAUGUAUGGAUUCCCAGGAAGCACAGGCACACGAGGAAGACCAGGACAUGUGGGAGAACAGGGAGAACCUGGAGUAAAAGGACCUCUGGGACCCAGUGGAAAGCCUGGACCAUCAGGACCAACAGGCCCAGCUGGAGAGAGAGGACUUCCAGGACCACAAGGCAGACAAGGAGAUCCUGGACCUCAAGGAAUAGACGGAGCAUGUGGUCCUCCAGGGCUAAAGGGAGCUGAUGGGAUGAUGGGAAGACCAGGGCCUGAGGGCAGUAAAGGAGUUCCGGGAGAUCCAGGCCCAAGAGGGCCCCCAGGUAUCCCGGGCUCUCAAGGUGAAAAUGGGCUGCAUGGAACUGCUGGAGAGAGAGGGGAGAAGGGUAUAAUGGGUCCUCCAGGUGAUAUGGGUCCUUCUGGACUUGAAGGUGAACAGGGACCACCAGGUCUAGUUGGUCAAGAGGGUCUCCCGGGGAGAAAAGGGGAUCAGGGAGAACGAGGCCCCUGUGGUAAAAUUGGUCCCCAGGGUCAAAAAGGAGAUGGUGGUUUACAAGGUACAAAAGGUCAGCAGGGUCCACCUGGGCCACCGGGUAAAGAGGGAGAUGUUGGUAAACCUGGAGCUCCUGGUGACCCUGGGCCCAAAGGGGAAAAGGGUGAAAGAGGUUCACUGGGGAUGAUUGGUUUGGAAGGACCCUGGGGAGCAGUAGGGGAAAGAGGAGAGAGGGGACCAAAAGGGGACAAGGGCAACAUUGGCCUUAUGGCUGAGCCAGGUCUUAUAGGUGGAGUUGGCCUUGUUGGGUUGAAAGGACUUCCUGGUGAAGUGGGACCACCAGGACCAGUAGGAGCAAAUGGACCAACAGGGAAUAAGGGGGAGAUGGGGCCAUCUGGCUUGUCUGGCAUUUCUGGAAAUCUGGGGCCUCAGGGAAUUGCUGGUGUGAGAGGCGUGACAGGAGACACUGGAAAACCCGGACUACAGGGUAUUGAUGGGCCUGUGGGUCCAAAAGGAAAUGUGGGCCCAAAAGGCUAUGCCGGUCCGGAUGGAGAGAAAGGAGAUCCAGGGACCCCAGGGGAAACAGGAGAGCAGGGACCAGAUGGCCUUCCAGGUAUUCAAGGACCUCCUGCAUUGCCUGGUCUAGAGGGACCUCAGGGAGAGUCAGGAGUUCAGGGACCACCAGGUCCACCAGGAGUCCAGGGAAGGGUGGGUCAACCAGGACCGGAGGGAAGACAAGGCAUGAAAGGAGAAAAGGGAGAUGAUGGCAUUAAUGGACCACCAGGAAAUAUGGGUCUCGUCGGUAGGAAGGGAAAAAGGGGCAAAGCUGGUUUAAGGGCCAAAAGAGGACCAAGAGGAGAAAAGGGUGAGAAUGGAGAGAAGGGUGAGAAAGGACUUCCAGGAUGGGGGGGGUCUAUGGGUGUUAUAGGAGAAAGAGGAGAGAAAGGAGAAGAAGGUCCAAAAGGAGAAGAGGGGGAGAAGGGUGAUCAAGGGCUGCCUGGUCCACUGGGAAACGAUGGAUUAAGGGGAGACCAGGGUCCUUUGGGCCCACCUGGAUUACCGGGACCAAAGGGGGAUCAGGGCAGUAUUGGUCCAUCUGGCCCAAGAGGGACUUCUGGAAUACCUGGACUACCUGGCUUAUUUGGAACAAAGGGUUUGAAGGGUUUUCAGGGAGCAUCUGGGCCAGCAGGAAAGCGAGGCCUUCCAGGACCACCCGGAUCCCCAGGACCUCCAGGACUCUCUGUGAACUUGACUAUGGCUCAAAUAAAAGAUCUCAUGUACGUCUCAGACAAGCCCAACUACUCAUUUAUCCAGGUGCUCUUGGAUUCUCUGUACCGUGACCUGAGGCUGUUUUUGGAUCCACCUGAUGGCAGUAAAGAGUAUCCAGCCUCUACCUGCCUAGAACUGUGGCUAAGCCACCCUAACUACACCAGUGGAUUCUAUUAUAUCGACCCGAAUCAAGGCAGCCCUCUGGAUGCUCUUUUGGCUUACUGUAACUUCUCUGAAUCAAGAGCAGAGACCUGCCUCUACCCCAGAACUGCACAGCUGCCCAUGAGAGCAUGGUUGAAUGAUUGUGUAUCAGAUAGUGCUUUCUACUGGCUCAGUUCCCUUGAGGAGGGGUUUACGUUUGAAUACACAGGGCUCACGGUGGUCCAGGCACGUUUUCUCAGACUUCAGAGCAACCUGGCGGAGCAGAGAUUGACCUACACCUGCUAUCCUGGACACAGACUGGGACAAACACAGCGACAAGCACGGUUUCUUACCAGCUCAAUCCAGCAGAGCUACCAGGGCGCCCUUCAAGACUGUGUGGCUGCCAAGGACGUGGAUCCAGGGCCACGGGAAUCCGUGCUUCAGUUUGUGGAUAAAGAUCUGCUCCCUCUGCGGGACAUCGCAGUGUUUGCCAGCAGCACCCUUUCACAUGAGUUUGGCUUUACUGUAGGCCCGGUGUGUUUUAGCUAGAGUGUGAAAGAGAGAGAUUGCAUUAACGGGAUAUAACCUCACCCACAAACAGCAGUCGAAGAAGAAAGAGGUAAACUGUACAACAUUAGGAUGAAAAGAAGACCUGCGGGUUGUUCCUCAUGCCCUUUACCAUCCUUAUUACAGGUUAAUGACACUUUAUAAAAAGCACUUUUGUUUCUCUGGUGCUCUUAAACAAAUAACCCAUCAAGUUUGUUUACACACAUUAGCAUUUUAUAAAUUAUAAUGGACUGUGGACUAUUGGACUUUAUUUUUUGCUGCAUCUCAGUAAACCGAGAAUUCCAGUGCAUGUUCAUGUAACCACUAUGUGGUUGCACAGUGUUUAACUGAAGAACCAGAAAAUGUUUCUAAAUUAUAUCUACAGUAUACUUAUGAUACAUUUGGAUUCGUUUCAUUAUAAUCCUUUUACAAACUUUUCCUAUUUGAAAUUGAAGCUUUUAUAGUAUAACAAUGUGUUUUAAAGAGAACACAGCUUUGACCUGAUCUUUAACCACAAUCUAUAAAACAAAUUUAAGAGAUUAAAAUGAUUUCCCCUUUCUAGCUCUUAGUGUUCCGUAUGUUUGGUCUAGUGGUUUUAGAGCUAAUUGAGAUUUUUGUAUACUGUAGCUCUGUGUUAAUCUCAUUGAAUUGUCAUGUCUGAACAGGUCUUCAUUUCUCAGGUGCUAAAAUGUAAUAUAACAGGAUAAAACUGCUGUACCACACUUCAUGUUUGUUACAGGUCAGAAGAAAAUACAAGGGUGAGUUAAAUAGUAUCUGCACUGCGGUUAUAUUAAAACGUCUGUUGGCCACGGUCUCGUCAGCGCUUUCUGUUGAAGGCUACCAUCUCCCUAGUCACUGCUGUGCAGGUGUGAAUGUGUUACAUCAGUUCAUUUGUAACUGUAGUGAAUAAAUAAAUGAUUAAAAAAGUUUAAGAAAGGUCGCUCAAGUGUUAGUCCUCAAGAAGGAGUCGGUACGCUUGUCUACGACCACAGCUGAUGACAAACAUCCACAUACUCCUCCUUAUAGUCCUGAUCAUGCUUUAUCUGACUUGUUUGGUCCCCUGAAAGCAGACAUAUGUGGACAGAGAUUCACUGCUAAUGAAGAAUUGAAGACAGCGGGGCAUUCGUGGCUCACAGCUUAGACUAAAACAUUUUUUAAUAAGGGAAUAAGAAAGCUUGUUAACAGAUGUACAAAGUGUAUUAAAAAGCGAGAAGAUUACGUCGAAAGCUAUGGAUUUCGCCUUUUCCCUAAAGUUAAUUAGAAUAAAAUCUAAAGCCAAAGUGUGGAUAAUUUUUGACUCAUCCCCAGAAUUAGUGAAUAGGAACAUUUUUUUAAGGUUGAUUAAUUUUCACUAACAUCAUUGCUGAAGUGUUUUAUUCUACUUAUACCACAGCACUUUGCCAAUGCUAAAAAUAAUUAUUUAUUUACUGUAAAAAUGAAAAAUCAUAGUUUGAUCAAUUUAGAGCUAUACUUAUAUUUAGGAAUGUCCACAAUUCAAUUCAAUUCAAUUCAAUUUUAUUUGUAUAGCGCUUUUAACAAUUGGCAUUGUCCCAAAGCAGCUUUACACAAUCAGUGUACAAGUCAAGUUAAUUCCUUCAACCGCAGAUUUUUGAGGAAACAAAAGUUGUCCAUUAAAAAGCUGUAAAAGUUACAGCUUUGCCUUUAACAAUUUUCCUAGAUUAUGUGAAAAAUUUAUUGUACAAUUCUGAUUGUAUGAUGUUACAAUAGAAAUCAUCAUAUAUUAGAGCGAGCAAAUUAACUCAUCAUUAAUGUUUUACUCUAUUAUACAGUAAGACAAUAAUAAUGCACACCUCGUGAUUUUAAGAAUUUAAGAGUUCUGUAAGAUAAAGGAAACGUAUCAACACCAAACAGAAGCAAGCAUUAACAGUGCUGUGGUAUAAUAAAAUUGAAUUCAAUUAAAUAUUUGAUUUUACUGUAACACAGAAAUGAGAAAAAAAGACAUGUUCAUGAUUUGUGUUUUGGUCUUUUAUGAAAAUCCUGUCUGUACUGCAAACAUCAAAUAUUCUGAUACACUUUGUUCUGUCUUUUGUUAAAACAACAAGUUUUUUUGAAUGGUAAUGAUAUGUAGGCCUCAGGGAAUGCAUGGCAUGGCAUGGCUUGUUUCUGAAAAAUAUGAUUAGGUGCUUUAUUAAAAAAUAUAAAUAUAAAUAACUAACUCAUUAUUUUUUAUAAGAGACUUUGUUUAGUAUCACUGAGGAACUCAAUAUAAACUCCAGGAAACACAAAUUCACACUCAUUGAAAAUGAGAAAAAAAAGUCAGUACACAUACAAUUGCAUAGUUUAAUUAUUUUAACUUAUUUGGCUGAAUUAUACAAAGUUACCAUUAGACUUUUUUUUAUAAUAAAUAUUUUCUUUGUAACACAUAGUAGUAUUUUAAGUCAUAUGCUGGUCAUCUGCUCUCAUUACAUGAAUCUGAAAGAUCAACUGACGUAUUCUUUUGUAAUUGUGUAUUGUUUUAUAUUUUUUGUAUAACUGAAAUUGAUGUUUAUAAAAAAAUAUUGUCAACAGAUCUGUGCAUCUUUUGAAUGCUUUGCCAUGAUCACCAAGUGUUCUCUGGACAGCACUAACAACAUUUUUUUUUACUUCGUAAUUGAAUCUGUGACAAACAGGACUGUAAGAUACUUUUCAGUGCACUUAAUGUUUGAUUUAAUGUAAAAUUGUAAUAGUCUUCACCCUAUGGAAAGUUAAUAAAUAUUAAACCUUUUUUUCUUUCCCCAAGAAAUAAUAUUGAAUUGUUGGUUUGGUAAAUAUGAACCAUAUGACAUUAGAUACCUAAAUGACUAGAGACAAGCACUGCUAUUAUAACUAUAUAUACUGAAAGGCUAAGUGAUUUUUAAAAGCAUUGUCAUAAGAUGCCAAACAUCAUUUUAAGAAAAUUCUGCUCUGCUUA